AUGAUAUGUGAAAUAUGUAAAUUACAAGAAAGUAAAUAUAAAUGUCCUAAAUGUAAACUACCUUAUUGUUCAAUAGCAUGUUAUAAAUCAGAACUACAUCAACAUGAAGAAAUUAAAAUAGAUCAAAAACAAGAAGAACAAACACAGGAAUCAAAAGAAGAAAUAUCUAGACCAUCUGAAGAAUCAAAAUUUGAUAAAAUAUUAUCGGAUCCGCAAAUUCAAUAUUAUUUAAAACAACAAUCAUUACAAUUUCAUUUAUUAUCAAUAUUAACUAUAUUAAAAGAUGGUUUUAUAAAUAAUUUGAACACCGAUCAAAAAAUUGAAGUUAUGAAUUUAAAAUUAAAUGAUUUAAGAAAAGGAGGAAUUGAAGAAAAUGAAUUAAUUGAGGAAUUCGUGCAGAGAGUAUUGGAGUUGAAUGAAAUUUAUUAA